AUGGACUACAUUCAGCCCGGCCACCUCUACAGCCGAAUUUUGGACAACAUCCCUUGGAAAUCCGGUGAUCCCAACCAAAAGGGAGAUCCCCGGAAAAGUGUGAAAUGGAUUGAUGGAUUGAGAGGAAUUGCCUCGUUCCUGGUGGUCCUUACUCACCUUGCCCGAGCUUGGGACUUUCUACUGUUCUCUCCGCGCGAUGGGCCAGAUGUGCCGCCACGUUUUCUUCAGCUGCCCAUUUUUCGCAUUCCCUGGCAGGGUCGCAUCGGAGUGACCAUCUUCGCCUUUUUGACCGGUUACGUUUGUGCGCUGAAGCCUCUCAAGCAGCGCCGCAAUGGAGACGUCCUGGGUGCUUUUACCUCGGUGGGUAAGAGUGCGUGGCGCCGCCCUCCUCGUCUUAUUUUCCCCGCCACGAUCGCCCUGGUCAUUUCGUGGACGAUGGCCCAGUGCAAGGCUUUCGUGGUGGCGAACCGAUCCGACUGCUGGUGGUGCCGCUAUGCUUCCCCGGACCUCGCACCCACUUUCUGGGAGGAGCUGCUCCGCCUGCCGGAGAACUUCCUAAGUGUCUGGACGAACGGAUAUAUGGCAUACGACGAUCACCAGUGGGCUUUGCUUCCUCUGUUGAAGGCCGCCAUGCUGGUUUACGUGAUCCUCGCGGCUCUGAUGUUCGUCAAGUUCAAGUGGCGUCUGGUGGUCUACUUGGCCAUGUACCUUUACUUCCACCAAGACCCUAGCAAGGACACCGAAACUUUCCAAAUGCAGGCGAUCUACGGUAUGUUCUUGAGUGAUCUCUCCUACGAGGCUGGCUUCAAGGAGUUCAUUCAGAACCACAAAUGGGGCCGACGGAUCGUCGCCUUCAUCCUCCUCUGCGUUGGUCUUUUCGUCUGCGGAUACCCGGGCAAGCAUCCCGAGUGGUCCACCUGGUCCAACUACAUGCUCAAAGCCGCUCACUAUAUCUUCCCCCCGGAAGUCAACAUCGGCAAGCGUUACUCCGCUCUCGGUGUUGAUAUGAUCAUCUUCGCGAUUUACAUCUCGCCUUCUACCAAAGAAUUCCUUGCCAACCGCCUCCUCCUCUGGCUCGGCAAGCAGAGUUUCGCCGUGUACCUCGUGCACGGAACUCUUCUGCGUACCGUCCUGUGCUGGAUGCUGUACGGUAUCUCUGGUCAGCCUUACCAGGACGCCCCGACGGAUGGCAACGGAAACCCCCUCUUGGAUGACAAGGGGGAGCCCAUUCCUCCUCAUUACAUUCCUCUCCGAGCCCCGUGGGUUGUCGCUAUCUCAAUCCCGGCAUGGAUCGCCUUGGUUUACGUCUGUGCUACCCUUUGGACUAACUACGUCGACCCCUUCUGUGCGAAGAUGACCCACAAGCUGGAGAAGGUCAUGUUCGAGGAGGACGAGAAGUCCGUCGAGGCACUGCCUCUCACGUCGGUGCCAAUGCCAAUGACCUCGGCAUAG